UGCAGCACGUCCAUACGCACCUAAGUAGACGAUGACACGCGCUGCUCAUCAGUAGACUAAUACCGGGCAUCAUCAACUCGAUACAAAAUGCUGCGACUUACGCGAUGUGACGUCUCUGCACGGAUCAAGACCUCGUCUCUCAACAGCUGAUGAAGCACGCUUCAAGGUCUAAGUCAACUGCCUUUACUGUGUUGCAACAAGUCACUAUUGCAAAUGUCAUUGUGGACGCGAUUGUGGAAGCAAGCUCCCCUGUUUUGCCUAGGUGUCCGAUUGACUUGAAGCUGCGAAGGUAUGAUGAUCCGGCUCCCCCAUUUCUGAUCCACUCGGUCAUUGGCAGGUGUCAAAAAGGCUCUUCCCGUCCUGUCCGGAUUGAAGGAUGCAUGCGCUGCUCAGCAUGGCCCUCCAUGCGACAGACACCAGAUGGUGUAUUAUAUCGCUGAAUCGACCUGGAUAUUGCGGCCGCGUGGCCGGACCUUACCGUGGAAUGUAAGGUAGGUCUAUCAACAACGCGUCUAUUCUA